GUGAUUGCAGGUUGAAGGUUUUAAAUUUGCGAUAUUUCCACAUGACCGCCGUGGGUCCCCCGCAGUAGCUCGCUCUAUUUUCGGUCCUCUGGCGAAAUGCCAAGUGUAACCCAAGUUGCUAUAGUAACUGUAAGAAUUGCCGAGUAUGGGCACCAGCAGACGUCAAUUUGCCUUCUCGGUCUUUUAAGAAUGGUCCUCGUGUCGGGCACGAACAUUAUUUUAUUUAUUAAAUUUGUAACGGGUCAGCUUUGGUGUAUGCAUCGCGUUACUAGUACAGCACCCCGAUGUUCAUUAAAAUAUUUCCAACGAACAUCUAAUUGCCGGAAAUGGCUUUGUAGAACACAAUUCUUCCUGUUUCGCUUUACGCGGGGCGAAAGAAUCGUCGGUUUAAUGUCAAAGCAUAAAACGUGUGAUUGCAAAUCCAGAUGCGAUUGUCCUUGUAAUGCAACAGUGUUCUGCCCAAUAAAUAGUCGCUUUGUCUUAUUACAAAUUUUCAUCGAUUGCGACGUGUCUUGAAACGGCACAAAUAUGAGCCCAAAGGCAUGUGGGUUUCGCGGAAAGAAAUGUGUUUUGCUUUCAGAACGCGGCCAUUUUAGUCAGAAAAUGCACCGAACAACACGGAUCAAAAUAACAGAACUGAAUCCUCAUUUGAUGUGUGUGUUGUGUGGAGGAUAUUUCAUAGAUGCAACAACCAUCAUUGAGUGUCUACAUUCAUUUUGUAAGACCUGCAUCGUCCGUUACUUGGAAACGAGCAAGUACUGUCCUAUUUGCGACGUGCAAGUUCACAAAACUAGGCCCCUUCUUAACAUUAGGUCAGAUAAAACAUUACAAGAUAUUGUAUAUAAAUUAGUUCCUGGCCUUUUCAAAGAUGAAAUGAAACGUAGAAGGGACUUCUAUGCUGCUCAUCCUUCUGCUGAUGCUGCAAAUGGCUCUAAUGAAGACAGGGGUGAAGUUACAGAAGAAGAAAAGAGGAUUAUAACAGAUGAUGAAAUCAUUAGUUUGUCAAUAGAAUUCUAUGAACAAAAUAAGACUGAACGAAAAGGAAUUUCAGAAAAAGAAAAGACAAAAGAUGAGAUGAAUGACAAGAGAUAUUUGCGAUGCCCAGCAGCCAUGACUGUGAUGCAUUUAAGAAAAUUCCUGAGAAGUAAAAUGGACAUCCCUCAAGCAUUUCAGAUUGAUGUUAUGUAUGAAGAUGAACCAUUGAAAGAUUAUUACACUCUUAUGGAUAUUGCCUACAUUUACGCAUGGAGGAGGAAUGGACCACUUCCUCUGAAAUAUCGAGUCCGGCCAACAUGCAAAAGAAUUAAGAUCGGUCAUCAACAAGAUGGAUUAAAUAAUACCAGUGGAGAGGUAGAAAGUGACUCUGGGAGUGAUAAGGCUAACAGCCCAGCUGCUGCACCAUCCACAUCAUCCUCACUGCCCAGUCCCUGUACUCCAGGGCAGUCUCCACAUCCACACUUUCCUCAUAUAUCCACUACUAUGAAUGGUUCCUCCAGUGUCAAUACCAACCAUCAGAUCCCAUUCAGCAACACCAGAGUGCGCAAAUCUUCUGUGAAUGGCUCAUCAGCAUCAUCAGGCUGACAGUAUUCACAAAAUAGACGGUACAACACAUUUAUUCGAAGACCUGUUCAUACCAUGUGAUAAUAUAUAGAUAUAGAGAAUGCUUUGCAAUGCGAGCAUCCUUAACAUCACUAUUUUGUAGUGACUUGUACAUUUUUGUUCAAAGCAAGAAACAAUAUGUGGCUAUACUACAAAUAGUUUUGACAACAUCUUUUGCUCCUCAAGAUAAUUUUCCAGUUUUUGGGAAUACAAAUUAGCAAAGGAUCUACAUCACUGAAACGUGUAUUACAAAGGUUUGAGGAUAUUUACACCUAACAGCAUUGGAUUUAAUGACUCAAUGAUUGCGCUGGAGAUGAUAUUCACAGAAUGAAAAAUGAAGGAAGGAAAUCUGGGCAGGAAGUUAUUGUAAAGAUGUAAACGUUGGAAGAUAUUUUGUACAACUGUGUUUAAUUGAAUUGAAGUUUACUAUAUCUGUAUAUCAACAUACUUUUAAUUUGCCAGUCGUAGGCAUUGUGAUAUUGGCUGUACAGAUGAAAUAUAAAAGGCUAGUGAUUUUACAAAUGACACCAAUUGAAAAGGAAUUUAAGAUAAAUGAAAAUUAAAAACAUGUAUUCUUUUUAGCCAUUCCACUGUGAAAACUGAUUGACAGUAGAUGUUGGCAUCUAUAGUUGUUAAAUGUUUUCCUGCAGCAUUAGUACACAUACUACAAGAAAAUACUGAAUUGAUCAACCCCGAAAUAAAAUUGUUUUAAUGAUUCAUCAUUUUAGACCUAA